AUGUGGAAGUUAUUGACUGUUUUAAAUAUAAUAUUGCUAAACUUUGUGAUCUCAGAAGAUGUGGGUGAAACCUGUACAUCAAAUCAGUCAAUGGAAGGUGUUUGCAUGCAAGUUUCUAAAUGUGAAGCAGCCAUUGUAGCAAUAACAAACAAGAGAUUUCAUGAAUUUAGUAGAUGUGGUUUCAGUGGGUUUGAAGAAGUGGUAUGUUGUCCUCGGACUACAACAAAAUUUGGAGGAGAUGAUGCAAGGAUAACAACAGAAAGAAUAGCUGAUAGAGAAUGCCAAAAAAUCAAAGAUUCCAGCAUACCACCAUUAGAUUUACAUAUUUUGGGUGGUGAAACUGCAUCAUUAGGGGAAUUUCCACAUAUGGUGGCCCUGGGAUACGACCGAGGGAAUGGCUAUGAGUUUGAUUGUGGAGGUUCAGUGCUGUCACAUACUUACGUCCUGAGUGCUGCACAUUGCGUGGAUACUUUAGAUAGGAUCCAACCGUCCAUAAUUCGCGGAGGUGUUGUAGAAAUCGGUGGUAAGGAGUUCGAUCCAGACACAGAUGCCAGAAUAGCCGAAAUAAUAUUAAAUCCAAGAUAUAGUAGAAAAGAAAAAUAUCACGAUUUAGCUUUAUUAAGAUUAGAAACACCUUUGCAGUUCUCCAGUAACUUAAAUGCAGUUUGCUUGGAGACAAGUCAGGAAGAUCCUAAAAUACCCCUCACCAUUACCGGAUGGGGAAAAACUAGUAAUACAAGAGACACGAGGAGUAACUUGCUAUUAAAAACGAAUGUAACUACUGUGGGUCGCAGUAAAUGUAACGAAUCUUACACCAAUUGGCGGAAACUGCCGUCGGGAAUAUCACCCGAACAAAUGUGUGCUGGGGAUCCCGAAGGCAUAAGAGACACGUGUCAGGGCGACUCGGGCGGGCCGCUACAGAGCUCGGGACCGGAUGGGAUGAGCCGGUUGGUGGGUGUGACGUCAUUCGGUCGCGGCUGCGGGUCCUCCGUGCCCGGCGUCUACACGCGUGUCAGCCGCUACCUCGACUGGAUAGAAAGCCUUGUCUGGCCUAACGCUCAAUAA